AGUGUGGAAGCACAUCAUCACAGAAUAUUGGACAAUCGAGAGAUCCUCGCAUGCUAGAAAAGCGAAAAGUAGAUCGUAGCUUUUUCUUCUGGAAAAAAACUUAGCAAAAAAUUAGUCAGAGUCAAAAUGGUUGCUACGAAGCACCGAAUUACGUCACGAUUCGAAAAGUCAGACAAUCUAGACGAUUGGAUCCGUAGGAUCAAAAACAAGAAAUUCAUGGUUAAGCGUGAAACUCGCGGACAGGACUUGCGAGUGUUGGCCAUGCUAACCGGAGCACUUUCUCACGCCGAAGAAUGCCAGCGGCGUGAGAAAAUCCGCAAGCAGGAAGAUAGAGCCAUUAAGUGGGCCCGGAUUCGUUCCCGGCUCGCGGAACCGCCUCAGAUGUACUGUGACCUGGAGGAAGAGGAAGAAGAUGAAAAAUCGCGUAACGCGUCCAACACCAUCUGGAGUGAAGAUUUUAACGGCAUCAAUACUUUCAUAACGGAACUGAGCAAUAUCAAGACCUCCGUCAGCCGAUAGAGAUUCUUUUUUCCAAACUAAUGUACUAAAGUUAGGGAACACUCUCGAUCUCAAUAAUGAGUGCAAUCUUUAAACUUCACAUUAGGCGUCACUUUGUUACGACGUAGAAGGUACGUUUUCGAUCACCAGCCAGAAGUUGUGAAAACAUUUUUUCGCUGGCCGCCAUUUUGAAAAUGAAAAUUUUCAUCAUGUUUGAUCUUGCGCACGCACACACUUGCUCGCAAAUACGUAUAUAUCCACAAAUGUACUCACAGUACAAUGUGAUCAGGAAGAAUGCGCUUCGGUAUCAAUGCCACUCGGUAAGCAACCUGUCGGGGUUAUAUGUUCGUGUAAGUGUGUGUGCGUGCAAGGGUGACUGUUCGCACGCAAGGGGAAUAUUUUGUUUGUCCGUUUGUGGACUUUCCCUUCCCGGUACAAUAACAGAGCGAAUGACUGAGCGACUAGAAACGGGCUUGAGUGCAAUAUAUCUGUAUGUCGCCUUGGGUUCUCCCCACCCGUGUCAAUGCUGUCGUCAUCGCCGACCGCGCUUUGCUUUGCUGGUGAUCGAAUCCGUUGAGUACGUGCGUAACGACGCAACGCCAUAGUGAGCGAGGGACAAGGGGGGGAAACAAAAGCCUUUGUUUGAAAGCAGAUUUUUCUUCUUUUGAAGGAAAAUUCCAUCGAUGCAAUCGAAGACGAGAGUUGUCAAGGCUGAGCAAAAAUUGUGAUGAAAUAAUCGGAUUAAAGUUGUAUAUUUUUGUAAACUGAUUUGUACAAAGCUAUUUUUCCUCCGACAUGUGUCACCAGGACAGAGUAGGCGAUUUGUUAGCGUCUGUUUGCCAGGUUGAAGAACAUUGUUCAGGGACAAGACAGAAGAAGAAGAAUAUCGAGCUCCGUUACGUAGAUUGUAGCAUAUAUAGGUCACGCGAUUCCAAAUCAUUGUAAGACAAUUUCGGUAGAGGAUCUCUAGGCUAUAGGAUAUUUUUUAUUUAUCUACAGAAGAAAAUGUACUACAUGAAAAGCAUAAGAAAAUCAAAAAAAACUCAACCAUUUUAGAAGCGCCUAUCGUGUAAACAGUGUCAUUUAAUGAAGUUUUUCAU